UGAAGAGGAAUAUGCUAACUCCUUAACUCAAAGUUUAUGCUAAGCGAUUGUUCUUGGAUCCUUCUGUUUACAAUGGCGCAGAGAACUGGACUUGAGGAUCCAGAGAGGUAUCUCUUUGUGGACAGGGCUGUCAUCUACAACCCUGCCACUCAAGCUGAUUGGACGGCUAAAAAGCUAGUGUGGAUUCCAUCAGAACGCCAUGGUUUUGAAGCAGCUAGUAUCAAAGAAGAACGGGGAGAUGAAGUUAUGGUGGAGCUGGCAGAGAAUGGAAAGAAAGCAAUGGUCAACAAAGAUGAUAUUCAGAAGAUGAACCCACCUAAGUUUUCCAAGGUGGAGGAUAUGGCAGAAUUGACAUGCUUGAAUGAAGCUUCUGUUUUACAUAAUCUGAAGGAUCGCUACUAUUCAGGACUUAUCUAUACUUAUUCUGGACUCUUCUGUGUAGUCAUAAAUCCUUACAAGAAUCUUCCAAUUUACUCUGAGAAUAUUAUUGAAAUGUACAGAGGGAAGAAACGUCAUGAGAUGCCUCCACACAUCUAUGCUAUAUCUGAGUCUGCUUACAGAUGCAUGCUUCAAGAUCGUGAGGACCAGUCAAUUCUUUGCACGGGUGAAUCAGGUGCUGGGAAGACGGAAAAUACUAAGAAAGUCAUUCAGUACCUUGCCCAUGUUGCUUCUUCACAUAAAGGAAGAAAGGACCAUAAUAUUCCUCAGGAAUCGCCUAAACCAGUGAAACACCAGGGAGAACUUGAACGGCAGCUUUUACAAGCAAAUCCAAUUCUGGAAUCAUUUGGAAAUGCAAAGACUGUGAAAAAUGAUAACUCAUCUCGUUUUGGCAAGUUUAUUCGGAUCAACUUUGACGUAACUGGCUAUAUUGUUGGGGCCAAUAUUGAAACAUACCUUCUGGAAAAGUCUCGUGCUGUUCGUCAAGCAAAAGAUGAGCGUACUUUUCACAUCUUUUACCAGUUGUUAUCUGGAGCGGGAGAACACCUAAAGUCUGAUUUGCUCCUUGAAGGAUUUAAUAACUACAGAUUUCUCUCCAAUGGCUAUCUUCCUAUUCCGGGACAGCAGGACAAAGACAACUUUCAGGAGACCAUGGAAGCAAUGCACAUAAUGGGCUUCUCUCAUGAAGAAAUUCUGUCAAUGCUGAAAGUAGUAUCUUCAGUGCUACAGUUUGGAAAUAUUUCUUUCAAAAAGGAGAGAAAUACUGAUCAAGCUUCCAUGCCAGAAAAUACAGUUGCACAGAAACUCUGCCAUCUUCUCGGAAUGAACGUGAUGGAGUUUACUCGGGCUAUACUUACCCCCCGGAUCAAGGUUGGCCGAGACUAUGUGCAGAAAGCCCAGACCAAAGAACAAGCAGAUUUUGCAGUAGAAGCACUAGCAAAAGCUACCUAUGAGCGGCUCUUUCGCUGGCUCGUUCAUCGCAUCAAUAAAGCUCUGGACAGGACCAAACGUCAGGGAGCAUCUUUCAUUGGAAUCCUGGAUAUUGCUGGAUUUGAAAUUUUUGAGCUGAACUCUUUUGAACAACUUUGUAUCAAUUACACCAAUGAGAAGCUGCAGCAGCUGUUCAACCACACCAUGUUUAUCCUAGAGCAAGAGGAGUACCAGCGCGAAGGCAUCGAGUGGAACUUCAUCGAUUUUGGAUUAGAUCUGCAGCCGUGCAUUGACCUGAUAGAGAGACCCGCUAACCCUCCUGGUGUACUGGCCCUUUUGGAUGAAGAGUGCUGGUUUCCUAAAGCCACAGAUAAAACUUUUGUUGAAAAACUGGUUCAAGAGCAAGGUUCCCACUCCAAGUUUCAGAAACCUCGGCAGCUGAAAGACAAAGCUGAUUUUUGCAUUAUACAUUAUGCAGGGAAGGUGGACUAUAAGGCAGAUGAGUGGCUGAUGAAGAACAUGGACCCUCUGAACGACAACGUGGCCACCCUUUUGCACCAGUCCUCAGACAGAUUUGUGGCAGAGCUUUGGAAGGAUGAGCAGGGCUGCCGUUAUAUUGGAAUUUAUCCACUUUAAGAAUGCUUGAGUUAAGGAACAAAUAACAAGACAUCUGCCUUCUUGGUCAGAUGCUGUGGGGAGUAUGGAGACAGUCCAGGCCCAGAGCCACGAAGAACUAUGCAUGUGCCUCAGGCCACUGCAGUCCUAAUCCAGUUAUAAUCCAAGGGCAUUGGGACACAGACUUCGAGAAGCCCUCAUGUGCCAUUUUCCCCAGGUGGUAUAGAGGUCCACUGAGCUGCAGCCUCCACCAGUGUCCUGCACCACACACAGGCAUGCACGCAUGCACGCACACACGCAAAGUAGCUGGGAAAUAAACUCUCAAAUAUCCUGUGUA